GCUAAGAUGGCGUACCAGACGUUCCGGCAGGAGUACCUGCAAGUGCCGCCCGUGACGCGGGCCUACACCACGGCCUGCGUCCUCACCACCGCCGCCGUGCAAUUAGAGCUCAUCACGCCCUUCCAGCUGUAUUUCAACCCCGAAUUAAUAUUUAAGCACUUUCAAGUAUGGAGGUUAAUCACAAACUACUUAUUUUUUGGACCAGUUGGCUUUAAUUUUUUAUUUAACAUGAUCUUUUUAUAUCGUUACUGCCGAAUGCUUGAAGAAGGCUCUUUUCGAGGUCGGACGGCAGAUUUUGUAUUUAUGUUCCUUUUUGGUGGACUUCUAAUGACUCUUUUUGGCUUAUUUGUAAACUUGGUGUUCUUGGGUCAGGCAUUCACAAUAAUGCUUGUGUAUGUAUGGAGCCGCAGGAAUCCCUACGUCCGUAUGAACUUUUUUGGUCUUCUCAUCUUUCAAGCUCCAUUUCUACCUUGGGUGCUGAUGGGUUUUUCACUACUUUUGGGGAACUCGAUCAUUGUGGAUCUUCUGGGCAUUGCAGUUGGGCAUAUAUAUUUUUUCCUAGAAGAUGUCUUUCCCAAUCAACCUGGUGGUGGGAGGCUUCUGAGAACACCAUCUGUCCUGAAAGCAAUAUUUGAUACACCAGAAGAUGAUCCUAACUACAAUCCUUUGCCAGAAGAGCGUCCAGGAGGAUUUGCCUGGGGAGAGGGUCAGCGCCUUGGAGGCUAAUAUGUGGCUGUGCCAAAACCCAGCAAUAGCUGGGAAAGACUUAACUGAAGUACCAUAUUGGGGAUUUUCUUAUUUCCCCAUCAAGGACACUUUUGGAAAGCUGUAUAGUUCUGAAUACAAGCACUUUAUGAAAUGGUGGUCUAAUCCAAGAAGCUUCCAAGCUACCAGUGCCUUCUCUGGUAAGGGAAUGUUUGCACUGGUAAGGAAAAUAUCGAUCUAAUGGAGCCAAAAAACUAAAACUGGAAACCAUUUCCUGUCAAUCUUGGUUAAUAAGACCAUGAGUACUUCUUUAAAGUGAUUUCUAAAGCUUUUUAUUUCCCUCCUGCCCUUCCCCCCCAAGUUAUUUCAUACAGGAAACUAUAUGGGAAACUUUACAGGGGACAGAAUAAAACUUUUUGGUUUAAAAUCUUUUUUUAUUCUUAGAUAAAUGAGUUUACAACAUAGUUGAAAAUGUAAAUCCCUCUUUCAGUGGCACAAGUUUUUAGUCUGAACUACUUGUGUCUCGAGUCCCAGUCGAAUUGUAAGAAAUACAAUGUUCAGCAUAAUGCAGGCUUUUUAUUUUGCCAGUUUUGUAUGGUUUUUGGAACGUGCCUUGGUGUGAAUAGGCUUGCAGGCUGAGACUAAGUUUUGAUAGGCUAUUACAUGACAAGUCCAUGUUCAGAUGACAAGGUUUGAGUCUUGCUAUAACAGGUUGUUUUACAAAAUCCAACCCUCCACCCACCCCAACGCACCCAAUCCUAGAAGUCAUUAAAUUAUUUGGAGUAUUAGGGAAGAGCUUGUCUGGAGUUUGAACUGCUCAGUACGUCAGGUAAUGAGUUGAAUAAAAUGUCGUGUGGAUCCUUUUUGGUUACCUUCUUGUGUAAUCUUAGUCUUGGGGCAGCUGGUGGAGGAAAAAUGCAGAGACUUGGGGAGAAGAAAAGUCCCUGAAGAGGCAGCUUUAGUGCCAUGAUCUCCCACACUUCUCUCCCACAGCUGUUAGGAAAAAAGGACUCUGUGCUCAAUUUUUGCUCUGUAUAUGAAGCUUGUUGGAGUACUGAGUGGCAGGGACAUCUGUCCAGAAAGAAUG